GUACAACUAACAACACAGCCACAACUUCACCGAUCUCUCUACAUUGACGUCUGGAGUUGCACUUUGGGGUUCGUUUCGGGGGCACAGUAUAAUGGACAUGCUGUAGCUCAGAGUGAGGUUCAUUGGGACCAGCUUGGAUCCGGUGGAGUUCCAGAGGUUCCAGUUACCCUCCAGGCUCUGCCAUGGACUUCUUUAACGAUCCCAACCUCUUUGUUGGAGGUUUGGAAGGGCUGGACGAGGAUGGCUUCCCCACAGCACCAUCACUUGUGGAUGAGCUAAACCUCAGUGCUGACUUUGAGCCCCUCCAUGUGGAGCCUCUAGACCCAAGGAAGCACCAAGACAUGAUGCCACCAGUUACUACCCAACAAGCCAUGCCUGCUUACAAUCAGCAGAUGGCUCACUACAUUGGCAUUAAGGCCCAGAAUCCUAUGGGGCAGGCAUUUUCUGGUCCUGGGAGCACAGGAGGUGGAGGUGGUGGCAUGAUUGCAGACCAGCAUGGCCAGUACCAUAAUGCUGCCAUGAGCCAAGUACCUCAAACCAAUGGGCUGUUCUGUAACAGCAGCAGUCCAAUGUGGGGCAACCAAGACCAGAAUGGAAAUAUGUACCACCCCUUAUCCCAACAGCCACAACAGCUUUGUCAUCAGCAGCAGCAACUGCACAACCAGCAACUUCAUGUCCGACAACAACAAACACAGCAGCAACAACACCGCCCGUGUCAUCAACAACAGGAGCAGCAGCACAGAAUGCAGCGGCAGCAGCAGCUGCAACAACAGCAGAGUCAUCAGCAACAGCUGUUAAACCAGCGCCAGCACCAACAAAUUAAUACACAGACUAUGUCCAUGCAGCAGCAGCAUCCCAAUUUCUCCUUCCACCAGGGAGGUCAAUCUCAGAGCCAACAACAAGUUCACCAUACUCAGCAGCAGGUUCAGCAUCAACUAGCUGGUGGAGGACCACGGUUCCAUUCAAGGCCAAUGCCAAGUAAGUCCUAUUUGGAUAGUCAAAAUGCUUCGUUAAGUGGGACUUGCUUGCAACCACAGCAGCAGCAGGGUAGCUACCGGGUGCCCAGGGGAGGUCAAGCCUUCUCUGGUUCAGGACAGGAAGACCCUAACCUGCCCUUCCCCAUGCACUCGUCAUCUAUGGUUCACUCACUGCCCACAUGCUCAGUCAGUUCUGCCAACGCUUACCAGCCUGCUCAGUAUCCUUCCUACCCUGGAGAGCCAGAAAUACCCAGCCUCAGUCAGCAGUCCACAGCCUCAGUGUCAAUGCCCACCACCAACACCUCACCCCUCACUUCUACAGUGCCCGACCUCUCAGGGACAGUAUGUCAGUUUCCAUCCACAGCAGUUAUGAGGACCCCAGUCAGCCAGGCAGAGGACUGUCCCUUCCGGGCCCUACGUUGCUCUGGAGAAACCCAAUCAAACUGCAAGUCAUCUGAGAUAUUUGGUGAGUCUAUGAACUGCUUCCCCAGUAUGGCCAGUCAGCUGCCCUCUGAGCAGCCUCAGAGCUGCGGGGCCAUCAACACUAAUGGAUACCAAGAACUGGGAGACAAUCUUCUGCCAUCAGAUGUCCAGGAAGAAGACUUGGGGGGCCUUGAGUCUCCUGACCUCCUGCCUGACCUACUGCCACAUCUGGAGGCUGCUCUCAGCCAGCAGGAUGACUCCAACUGUUCCUGGGUUGAUCCAAGCCAGGAGAGGGGACACGAGCAAAGGAAACCACCAUCUGUUGAAUACAAGGAAGAAAAGCCUCGAAAGAACGCUAAUGGUCCCGGCAGCCAGGUACGGGUCCUCAGUCCCCCAAUAAAGAGCAGCUCAUCAUCCUCCUCCUCCUCCUCAUCGUCUUCAUCCUCAUCCAGCUCCUCAUCGGAGAAGAGGACGCAACGGAGGACACAUCAUCAGAUGGAGUCAACUUCACAGGACAAGCAGGAGAAGGCCAAUAGGAUAAUAUCAGAGGCUAUUGCAAAGGCCCGGCAGCGAGGGGAGAAGAACAUACCCAGAGUUAUGAGCCCUGAGAGCUUCCCCAGCUCUUCCUCGCAGUACAAGCACCGUAAGCGGGAGCACAAAGGAAGCGGCAAGGCACGGCCUAAGGAGAAGGCCUGCAGGAAGGCCUGUAUUAUACCCUCCUCCAAGCCCAAGCAGAAGGCCAAGAUCGGGAAAAUUGUCAUAAAGAUAGGAAAGAAGAAGAAGCGAAAGCCGGAGUCUUCAGAGGAAUCGGAUGAUGACCCUCCCCCUCGACACAGUUCUAAAGAUGACGACUCUAAGAGGCGAUCUAAUCGUCAGGUGAAGAGAAAGAAGUAUGCUGAGGAGCUGGAGGCCAGGUUGUCAGAUGAUGAGGUCAAGGUUAUUGUCAAAGCCAAGAAAACCAACACUGCAGCAUCCAAGCAGCCUGCUGUUCAACUCUUUGUGGAGAAUCCCAGUGAAGAGGAUGCUGCUGUUGUUGACAAAAUCAUGUCUUCACGUAUCGUCAAGAAGGAGGUCUCCCCAGGAGUCGUGGUCGAAGGAGAGGAGUUUUUUGUAAAAUACAAAAACUACUCCUACCUACACUGUGAGUGGGCCACAGAGCAGCAGCUGGAGAAGGACAAGAGGAUUCAGCAGAAGAUCAAACGUUUCAAGAUGAAACAAGCACAGAGGGCACUCAUCUUUGCAGAUAUGGAAGAGGAGCCCUUUAACCCUGACUAUGUAGAGGUAGACAGAGUGCUGGAGGUGUCGUAUUGUGAGGACAAAGACACAGGAGAGGAGGUGGUGUAUUACCUGGUGAAGUGGUGCUCUCUGCCUUACGAGGACAGCACCUGGGAACUGAAGGACGACGUCGACCAGAGCAAGAUUGAAGAGUUUGAGCAGCUGCAGGCAGUCAAGCCAGACUCGCGCAGGGUGGAGCGGCCCCCGGCAAAUCUGUGGAAGAAGAGGGAGCAGUCGAGGGAGUACAGGAAUGGCAACAGCCUCAGGGACUACCAGCUAGAGGGGGUGAACUGGCUCCUCUUCAACUGGUACAACAGGCGGAACUGCAUCCUGGCAGACGAGAUGGGCCUGGGAAAGACCAUCCAGUCCAUCACAUUCCUAGAGGAGAUCCACCGUGUGGGCAUUAAAGGGCCAUUCCUCAUCAUCGCUCCGCUCUCCACCAUCGCCAACUGGGAGCGCGAGUUUCGUACUUGGACCCACCUCAAUGUCAUCGUCUACCAUGGAAGCAUGGUCAGCAGGCAGAUGCUCCAACAGUAUGAGAUGUAUUUCAGGGAUGCACAGGGCCGUGUGAUGAGAGGGGCCUACAAGUUCCAGGCUGUUAUCACCACAUUUGAGAUGAUCCUGGGAGGCUGUCCCGAACUCAACGCCAUAGAGUGGCGCUGUGUUAUCAUCGAUGAGGCCCACCGCCUCAAGAACAAGAACUGCAAGCUGCUAGAAGGCUUCAAGCUCAUGAGCCUGGAGCACAAGGUCCUGCUGACGGGUACUCCUCUCCAGAACACAGUGGAGGAGCUCUUUAGCCUGCUCCACUUCCUGGAGCCGGCACGCUUCCCCUCAGAGAACACCUUCAUGCAGGAGUUUGGAGACCUCAAGACUGAAGAGCAGGUAAUGAAGCUUCAGGGUAUCCUGAAGCCCAUGAUGCUGCGGCGGUUGAAGGAAGACGUGGAGAAGAAGUUGGCUCCUAAAGAGGAAACCAUUAUUGAGGUGGAGCUCACCAACAUUCAAAAGAAAUACUACCGCGCCAUCCUAGAGAAGAACUUCUCCUUCCUGGCUAAAGGAGCUGGCCAGGCAAACAUGCCCAACCUGGUAAACACCAUGAUGGAGCUGAGAAAGUGCUGCAACCACCCCUACCUCAUCAAAGGGGCAGAAGAGAAGAUCCUAGAAGACUUCAGGGAGGUGUAUAGCCCCACUGCCAUCGACUUUCACCUGCAGGCUAUGGUGCAGUCUGCUGGGAAGCUGGUCCUUAUUGACAAACUGCUGCCCAAGAUGAAGGCUGGAGGGCACAAGGUGCUCAUCUUCUCUCAAAUGGUGCGCUGCCUGGACAUCUUGGAAGACUACCUCAUUCAGAGAAGGUACUUGUAUGAGCGAAUAGAUGGACGUGUACGUGGGAACCUGCGGCAGGCAGCUAUCGACCGCUUCAGUAAGCCCGAAUCAGAACGAUUCGUUUUCCUUCUGUGCACAAGAGCGGGUGGCCUUGGAAUCAACCUCACAGCAGCAGACACCUGCAUCAUCUUUGACUCAGACUGGAACCCACAGAACGACCUGCAGGCCCAGGCUCGCUGCCACCGGAUCGGUCAGAACAAGGCAGUGAAGGUGUACCGUCUGAUCACCAGGAACUCAUACGAGCGAGAAAUGUUUGAUCGCGCCAGCCUCAAGCUGGGCCUGGACAAAGCAGUGUUGCAGAGCAUGAGUGGACGAGAUAACAGCCUGGGAGGAGGCACCGGGGGAGGGGCAGUGCAGCAGCAGCUGUCUAAGAAGGAGAUUGAAGAUCUGCUGCGACGUGGUGCAUAUGGGGCCAUCAUGGAUGAGGAGGAUGAAGGGGCCAAAUUUUGUGAGGAGGACAUCGAUCAGAUUCUCCAGCGCAGGACGAAGACCAUCACCAUCGAGUCUGAAGGACGAGGAUCCACUUUUGCUAAGGCCAGUUUUGUGGCGUCCGGAAACCGCACAGACAUCUCUCUGGAUGACCCCAAUUUCUGGGACAAAUGGGCCAAAAAGGCUGACAUUGAUAUGGAGAUGGUCAACGGCAGAAACAGCUUGGUGAUCGACACUCCUCGUGUCAGAAAGCAGACGAGGCCAUUCAGUGCCACAAAGGAUGAGUUGGCAGAGCUUUCAGAGGGCAACAGCGACAGUGAUGACACCAAACCCAAGCUCAGGCGAAACCAUGACCGCCUCAACAGCUAUGGACGCACGGAGUGCUUCAGAGUAGAGAAAAACCUGCUUGUUUAUGGGUGGGGUCGUUGGAAGGAUAUUCUCAACCAUGGGCGUUUUAAGAAGCAGCUGACUGAAAGGGAUGUGGAGUCCAUCUGCAGGGCCCUGCUGUCUUACUGUCUGGUCCAUUACCGUGGAGAUGACAAAAUUAAAAGCUUCAUGUGGGACCUGAUCGCCCCAACUGAGGAUGGACGCACCAAGGAGCUGCAGAAUCACCUGGGUUUGUCAGCUCCAGUCCCUAGGGGCAGAAAGGGCAAGAAGAUGAAGACUCAGUCUAGCUCUUUUGACAUCCACAAAGCAGAGUGGCUGAGGAAACACAACCCAGAGCACAUGCUUCAGGAUGACGGCUACAAGAAACACCUCAAACACCACUGCAACAAGGUGCUGCUCAGGGUCAGAAUGCUCUACUACCUGAAACAGGAGGUGAUAGGAAGCCAGGCCCAGAGUGUGUUAGACGGCGCAGACUCCAGUGAGAUAAAGAUCUGGGUGCCAGACCCGGACCAUUCAGAGCUUCCUGCCUUGUGGUGGGAUGCCAUCGCUGACAAGUGUCUGCUCUUGGGUGUCUUUAAGCAUGGUUAUGAGAAGUACAACACUGUGCGUGCAGACCCAACCCUGUGCUUCCUAGAGCGUGUGGGACGACCGGAUGAGAAAGCCAUUGCUGCUGAACAGAGAGGCAAUGAUUUCAUGGAUGGGGAUGUUGAUGAUCCAGAGUACAAGCCUGCUCCAGCCCUGCUGAAGGACGACAUGGAGGAUGACGCCUCCUCUCCUGGAGACUUAGUUGUCACUGACAGUGCUGGAGAUGCUGUUCCAGUGACAGGUGAAACUUCCUACUGGCCCUCACCCUCAGUGCUAACAGCCAGGCUGAGGCGACUGAUCACAGCCUCUCAGCGCUACACCAAGAGCCGGCAGAUCCUCCAGAUCCACCAGACUCAGACUCAGUCUCCAUCGACCAUGAUACUGUCUGCUCCACUCUGUCCACUGCCCCCGACACUCAACGACACCCUCAACCCCAAGAUGGUUGCAAAAAUUGAACGUCAGCAAAGAUGGACCAGGCGAGAAGAGGCUGACUUCUACCGCGUUGUCUCCACUUUUGGUGUUGUUUUCGACCCAAACCUCGGCCGGUUCGACUGGACCAAGUUCAGGGCCAUGGCUCGGCUGCACAAGAAGACAGACGAGAGUCUGCAGAAAUACCUGUGUGCUUUUACCGCCAUGUGCCGUAGGGUGUGUCGCCUGCCACCAAAAGAGGGAGACUCGGCGGUGGACCCGUCUCUGAACAUCCAGCCCAUCACAGAGGAGCGAGCGUCUCGUACGUUGUACAGAGUAGAGUUGCUUCGCCAGGUGCGGGAACAAGUCCUUCGCCAUCAGUUACUCUAUGAGCGCCUGCCGCUGUGCCAGAUGAGCGCUGACUUACCUGUCUGGUGGGAGGCUGGUACCCAUGACCGUGACCUGCUAAUUGGAGCUGCAAAGCACGGUGUCAGCCGCACUGAUUAUCACAUUUUGAGAGACCCUGAGCUCAGCUUCAUGGCUGCCCAGCGCAACUACAGCCAGACAAAAGCUACGCAGCAGCAAUCACGCACAUCCACCCCACUUCUACACCCUCAGUGCCAGGCCACCAGCUCAUUGCUGACAGGCUCUCCGCUGCCUCCACCUGCCCAAAGAGAUGCAGAGCACAGUGGGGUUAUACCCAAAGUGGAGCCAGCCUCUGAGGGGGAGGAGAGCCGGGAGAAGCAGGCGGAGAGCUGGAGCCCUCCUCGAGCACCAGCUACUCCCACAGGUCUGGAGGAGAAGCCGGUGUGUGAGACAAAAGACAGUGAGAGGCAGAUGGUGGCGGCACGAACCAAACCGCUCACACCAAACUCCUCUGAGAGGAAACCUAAAAAGGCCAGCAAGAGGGGCCGCAGGGAGGCCAGGCGUGGCUCAGACUCCGACUCAGAUGGCUCCUCCUCAAGCUCCUCAUCACGUUCCUCUUCCUCCUCCUCCUCAUCUUCUUCUUCCUCGUCACAUUCCGGGUCCAGCUCUUCUUCCUCUUCAUCGUCUUGUUCCUCUGGCUCUUCAUCAUCAUCGUCCUCCUCUUCAUCUUCUUCUGAUGACAGUGACAGUGAGGGAGAGGAAGGGAAAAAGAAAGUAGCUGCAGCAACAAGUGUAAAGGGCUUUGAUGAGGACAGUGUGGCGUCUCUGAGCACUACACAGGAUGAAACGCAAGACACACAUGCUGCCGAGAACGGCAUCACCAACAACUCCUCACAUCCUUUUCAGGGAGGAGGGUAUAUGCUCGCUGCAUCCUACUGGCCAAAGGAUCGUGUUAUCAUCAACCGCCUGGACAGCAUCUGCCAGGCAGUGCUAAAGGGCAAGUGGCCUGGAACACGUCGCGUCUACGAGCCUGGAGGCGCAGUGGCCUCCUUCUACACCACCAAACUGCUGGACAACGCCAACAGCCUGUGCGAGGACCCCUCUGCCUCACCACAGGGGUCAAAGGUGACCAAGCAUGUUGCAGAAAACAAGGAGUUCUCAGUAAAACUCAACGAUCAGGAGGGAGGUCUGAAGUUGACCUUCCAGAAACAAGGUCUACCUCUGAAGAGGCCCCUGGAGUCGGAGGAGGGCCCCCAGGCCCAGCAGCAGUACCUGGCCCGUCUUCAUGAGUUGCAAAGCGCCUCAGACACAGGCCUGGCUGACAUCACCAAGCCUCAGUGCAGCUUCCAGACUGUGCCUUCAGCUCUUGCUGGUCAGAUGAGGCUGAACGGAGUACUGGAUGGCCAACCAGUGGUGAAGAAGCGGAGGGGAAGGAGGAAGAAUGUGGAGGGGAUGGACCUACUCUUCAUGAACAGGAGUAGAGUCCCUGCUGUUCCUGAUCAGGUGCCUCCAGGGUGGGGUGGUAUUGGCCAGGUGGGCAUAGCUGCUGCCCCUGUGGCAGGCUACAGCCAGAGCUCCAGUCAGGUCCCUGCAGACACUGACACCAGGGUUCCUGUAAUCAACCUCAAAGAUGGCACCCGGCUUGCAGGAGACGACGCUCCCAGGAGGAAAGAUCUAGAACAGUGGUUAACAGAGCACCCUGGCUUUGUGGCUGAUACAGGAGCCUUUAUCCCUGGGGUAAAUAAGAUGCAAAUGCAGUUCCACUUCCAGGACGGCCGGCCCAAGCAGAAGAGGCACCGCUGCAGGAAUCCCAACAAGAUUGAUGUCAACAGCCUGACCGGAGAGGAAAGGGUCCAGAUAAUCAACAGGAGAAACGCUCGCAAGGUUGGUGGAGCUUUUGCUCCUCCUCUCAAGGAUUUAUGCAGGUUUCUUCAGGAAAACCCAGAGUACGGAGUCCCACCUGAAUGGGCUGAUGUUGUCAAACAGUCGGGUUACCUCCCAGAGAGCAUGUUUGACAGGAUCCUGACAGGACCCAUCGUCCCUGAGGAGGUGAGCCGGCGUGGACGUCGACCUAAGAAUCCUCUGGCGAAGGCAGCAGCGGCGGCGGCGGCAGCAGCGGCAGCACCCAACCCAGCAGCCUCCCUAGGUCUGAACCCCCUGCUGACCAACGGCCUCCUCUCUGGAAUGGACCUGAGCAGCCUGCAGGCCUUCCAGCAAAACCUCCAGAGCUUACAGUCCCUGCAGCUCACCGCGGGCCUGAUGGGGCUGCCGUCCGAUGCUAGCAACCUGGCUGCAAGUAAUUUAGCUGCCAUGUUUCCCAUGAUGCUGUCUGGUAUGGCUGGAUUGCCAAACCUGCUUGGCAUGAGCAGCCUGAUCGGAAAACCCGCUCAGGAGGGCACAGGAGGCUCUGAGGAGAAGACAAAGGGAACUUCCAGUGGUGCAACAGGAGAGCCGUCUGCCUCUAAAGCCCCCUCUCAAACCUCAGACACCAAAGGAGAAAGGACAGAGGGCUCGAACACAACUCCUUCCUCUACUUCCAGCUCCGCUUCCUCUGCCACCGCCCCACAAAGUGCUUCAGCUGCCUCUGCAGCCUCCAGUCACCCACUGUCUCUUAACCCCUUGUUACUCUCCAGUAUGCUUUACCCAGGGAUGCUUCUCACUCCAGGCCUUAACCUUCCUGUGUCUGCCACACAGCCGCAGAGCUCAAACAGUGACCCCACAGCUCCUCCUGCUCAUCCUCCUCCGCCCGCAGUCUCCCAGUCAUCGUCCCAGGAGAUAGAGCACCUGGCGGCAGAGGGGGGCGGAGAGGAGGAUGACGAGGCAUUAGAAGAUGAGGAAGAAGAAGAGGAGGAGGAGGACUCAGCAGAACAAAAGGAGAACAGUGGUCCUGAAGGUUCGGGGAAAGCUGAGUCGUCUUCUUCGGAGUCUGGGAGCUCUUCUUCAUCAGACGAUUCAGACUCCAGUGAUUAGGACUGAUCCUAUGAAUAUAUAAUUAUAAAUUUAUUUAUGUAUCGCCUAGAAAUGUAUACAUAUAUUCACAUAUAUAUGGAUUUUCCAGCACUUAUGUUGCGAUUUCUUUACAUGUAAAUAGAAGAACUGACUAAAAUGUUGUGUAAUAAAGACUACAAAAACCUUAAAAAAAACAGGAAAAACUGACUUAAAAAGAAACUGAAAUAAAAUUUCAGUGUUUGUUCACAAGGUACAGUCUUGUUUUGAGACAUUUUGCAUGUCAGACUUUAGUAGAUUUCUGAACUCUGUGAACUUGUUCCACAAUUAUGUACAAUUGCAACAAAAAAAACGGCAUUAUUGUAAUUAUGUCAGGAUUUAAUUUUAUUAAAAAAGUGAAACUACAUCAACAUGCUCGUUGAGCUGUACUAUUAAUAUAUUUUGAUUGUUUGGGGGUCGGGGGAAUGACACUUGACAAACACUUUGGUUUCUCUUGUAAAUAGUCGGUACUUUUACAGGUUCGUUGACACUUAUGCUUUGCAGAUCAUACGUUGGAUUUGUCAGCAAUAACUUGGGCAGCUAAUGAAUGUCACUGAAGCUGUAGAUUCUCUGUCUGCCAUGUUCCACCCCAGUGCACAACUCACACAGCCUCACCUGUCACUGACCUUCAUAUCACGUUCAGUUCAUUUCUGCUUUAGUUCGCACCGUUUUCUUGGAAACCGAAUUACCUGAAGCUCCCUCUUAAGUAUCGCCUCGAUUUUGGAGGGAAUGUGUGGAAGUAUUAUUUUUAUCAAUCAAACACACUUUAAAAUGGAUCAUAGUUAAAUUAUCUGCUGUGAUUUUUUUUUUUAACAUUUAUAUCGAAUUUUAGAAAGUCCUUAUUUUCACCAUCACCUUACAAACAUGUCACAACAUGUCCAAGGCGCACUUUAGCUACUCACUGUAGACAUACACGUUCACUUGCACAUCUGUUGAUUCUGACUACAGUGUCACAGUCUAAUAAGCUCCUUCAGCUGUGAGGGACAGAAAACAACCUUUUACUGUGUGCCAAAACGGCCCUCUGAGGUCCUGGCUUAGUUUUGUGGUCUCUGUAUGGGAGAAUAAUUCAGGAUUAUUAUUAUUAUUAUUAUUAUUACAACCCCGGCAUAUUUGACUGCAUCUUACCUCAACUGUGCUAGAUGGAUUGGCUUCACUGUGCAGAUGUACAUGUGCAUGGGUGUGUUAGUCUGCUGUCCACAUACAUAAUGUCCUUGUUUCUGCAGGAAUGUGUGUCAGAGGCCAUUUGUUUUUUCACUGAGAGCUUGCCAAUGUGCUGUUUUCUUUGGCUGGACUCCUCUUACCUGCUAUCUCCUGCCUCCAUAACUUUCCACUCUGAAUGUUGUGUGUUGCGGAAGGGGCCUUGCAAAGCAAUGACCAGUAGAAAACUACUAUUUCAAAUGUUUUUGACCUUCAAGCAUCUCAGUAGAAAUUUGGAGGAACUGACCAUUGGAUUCCAUGUUGCAUGACCACCUGUCUACCAAAGUCUUACAGAACAAACACGAAAGCACGAAGCACAAAAUAGUUCAUAUAAUCACUAAGAUUGUAGUAUUUGUCACCGUCUUUGAGUAUUACAUUUAACAGUGCCAGACAGGUUAGCUUCAGGAAGGGCUAAAUAAUAGCAAUCUGUGUUGCUGGGAGUUUGCAGCUUGGUUGUGCGUUUGUCUCGACUGUCCCGCUGAUGAAUGGAGCUUUGGCUAGCUGUAGAAGUGCCCUUAUCCUGUACCUCACGCUCUCAUCCAACUUCUGUCUGACAAACUAACCACCCAAAUUUGUGCUCCAUGCUUGUGCAUUUUGUCCGUCAUUCCCUGCACACGUUCAGCUGUAACCAGGAUACACGUAAACACUGGAGUUCACUCAAGUACCUUUUGUAAUUUUUCUCUGGCACAACAGUGCUCAUUCUAGGACUGCUGUUACACAGUGGACUGUUAGAUAUAUGUUUCUAAAUUAUUUCUGAGGUGAGGCUUUUGUUUAGACUGGCUACAACAGAGCCCCACUGGAUUAACUCAGUCUGUUGAAGUAUUGCUGUAGCAUCGUUCUGUAGUGGGUGAAACCACGAGCAGCCCCGCGGUCUGAACACAAAGACUGAAGACACGUUUUGAUUUCUAAUGUUGCUUUAAAGUGAUUUCCUUGUAUGCCUGUUAUAUAUAGACCUUGUCAUGGGUUUUGCUUGCAAUGCAAUCGCAUUUUUUUUAAUAUUAUUACUAACAGUACAGUAUUUUUCUAUGUCUGAGCAAUGAACUUAAACAUGCCACUGACAUUUUGUAUUUCUGCACCUCUGCUCUCUUUAGUGCCCUUAUGCAAACACCCAGCCAUCGCUACUUCUGCUGUAGGUGAUUAACAACUUUUGCUACUUUUUGUUGCCCCACAGCGAUGGGUUGAUGCAUUGAUGACUGUGCUGAGCCUCUUUAGGACACAAAUGGGAAAAAAAGGUAAACAUAAGAUUUUUGCUUUCAUUUUGCUUGUCUUUUCAUUUUUUUUUUCUGGGUUGUACUGUACAAGGACUCCCAGAGCACUGCUAGUGCUCAAGAGGCAGUGUUGAAUCUGCGUUAAACACAAGUAAAACAAUGACCAAUAUGCAAGAGGAAUGACAAAACACACUACUGCUGUACAGGGAGGUUUUCUUUUUGUUUUCAUACAUGUAAUCACUGAGAUGAUAAAACUAGCAUUGGUUUUGUAUUUCUGAUUUCAAGCUUGAUAAUAUCCUAAAUGUCACCCUGGUCAGAUUUUGUCUUUUUUUUUUUCAUUGGACAGUUGUAAUAUUUGCAAGUUGUGGUCUGUGUAGUCAAAAUAAUUCUUUAUGUAGUGCAGGACAACGCGUCUUAAAAGUCAUUUGUAAUUUAUUGGAUUACUUUCUAUGAAGUUCUAUAGAGGAAAUUGAGGUUUAAUUAUUUUUAUUAAACAUAUUCUUCUGACUAUCAA